UAUCCUGUGAGAUGAGCGCAACGGAUUUGCCUGUUGUCGCAGUGGACACGAUGCUCUUGCUGAGCCUGUAGCGAGAAAGGCAACGGACACGGCCUCGUGCUCCAGGCGCACCUUCCCCUCUUACUGCCAUCCGCACACCUUCCCGGGUCGUCUUCCCCGGGAACUGCAUAGCUAAUUGGGAAUCAGACUCUUGCGCCGCAGCGCCCCGACGUCCCCGGCUCUCUUCUCGCUCGGAUCCGACUCUCCUUCCAACAUUUAUCACGAUCGCUCAACUUGAAUUUUCAUUUUCACUUUCAAAGUUCCUCUCCAACCACCAUGUCUUCUGCUGUCUCCGCGGAAUCCACCGUCCCCAGCUCGGACGUGCACUCCCCGUUAUCGACCUCGUCCUACGAGGCCCUGUCCGCGUCCGGAUUCACCUCCUGGGCGGACUCGGUCGACGCAGCCAGCUCCUCUGACGACGAGAUCGUCUUCUCCAUCUCGUCUCUUUCCUCGAGCGGUGUCCUUUCACAGCGACGCGCGCGCCGCUCGCCGUCCCUAUCUUCCGAGGAUGACCUCGUGGCAGUCCCACGUUCCCAAGCUACCUCGGAUUCUACCUCUGUCUCCUCUACGGAUGUUCGUCGCACACUCGACGAGCUCAGCACGGCAGUGUCUUCUCUCACAUUGCGAUCUGCCCCUGCCCUGGCGACCCCGACCGCUACUCGCUUUAACAUCCUUCAUGCCGUCAGCGCCGCGUCUCAGGAGUCUCAGCCAGCUCGCCCCAAGGGAAAGAAGGUCAGGAAGACAAAGAAGGCUGCUGCAGCGCAGUCCAGCCCUCCGAACACCGCCCAACCUGCCGAUGCCAGUGCUACACCGAACCAGAGUGCGCAGAAGAAAAAGGUGAAGGCGCGGCGGGAGCGCAGGAAGGCCGAGAAGAAGGCGCAGAGAAAGGCUGCUCGGGCUGCAUCUGCCACCCCGGAGCACGGCCUGGGCGAGCGCCCGAUCGUGGACGACUUGUCCGAGGCGGGCGAUCAUCCCGGCAGCGCUGCCUUCGCUGCGGCAUACCAGGACGCAGUCAACUUCAUCACCUCGUGCGUGAUUCCCCAGAACACAUUCCUUUCCUGGUCGCGUUGACUUCUUCCUUCACUUGCCUCGUUUCUAGCUUCCUCUCCAACCCAUCCGCCAAGUCCGGUGCGGGGCACCUACAACUCCUUCAGGCGCUCAUCGUCGAGCUCGGGCUUUGCCCUGCGGCGCUGCAGCCCUCCGCCGGCGCACUGUCGUUCCCCUCUCUCCCUGCCC